GUUCGAACGUCUGAACCAUUCAACUGAUAAACAAUAUUAGUAUGUACGUUGAAGGAGAUUUCCCUAGUUUAAUUUGUCAUGUCAUAGUUUCUUUAUUUGUAUGGAGCCACAGUGAUCAAAUAUGUACCAAUGUAAAUAUGUAAAAAGUGCACAUCGAAAUCUAAAGAAGCAGUGUGUCUUUCAAAAAUGUAUCAAAGCAUUCUAGGAAAACUAUCAAAGCCCUAUCAACAAUAUCCUGUACAUUAUUAUUAGAGUAAACUUUGGUGAGUCUAUGGGCCGUAUUCAUAAAAGAGAAGCAUAUCCUCGGAAUCAUAAGAGAAUGGUGCGUACGUACGUGAGAAAGACGGCAAAAGGAGCGGGUCCGACAUAUUCCGAAGAAGACCUGCAGAAAGCUUUGGAUGAUGUACAAAAUGGAAAUAGAACCAUUAGAGGCGCAGCCAUAUUUUACCAUAUUCCAAGGUCGUCCUUAAAGUUUUUUAAACGGCUGUGUCAAUCCAUGAAAUUUUUCGAGACGGGUGAAGAAUCCUUGAUAGCUAAUCAAGAUUUUGUUCGCAAGUUAUCACAACCAGUUAAAAGUAGCUCAGCCCGAUUUAAAGACAUGAUAAGUUUCAAUACUGAUCUCUCUGACCUAAGCAUGUUUUGAUUUUUUUAAAUGUUUUAUCAUAUCUCUU